AUGGGAACAGAAGUGGCUUUAUCGUUUAACUCUUUACGUACACAAUUAGAAAAUGAAAGAAGUAGUUUGUAUAAAAUUGAUGAAAAUAUAAAAAAAAUUGUGCAAACUACGGGUCGAUUUUCCAAUAAUAGGUAUAAUGCUUCUAGUGACAACUCUAGAGGACAAAGACAGCCAAACCGGAAUUAUCAUAAUACAGAUGUGACCAAAAAUGAUGAUGUCUUUAAACGUAAACACGAAACAAAAACAGUUUUUAGCAGGAUAUCAGCAAAAACUGCAGAUAGUGAUGGAGAAGAUGAGGCAUCUGGUCCUAAAAGGUCUAGAGUUUCUUCAGCCGUAUCCCGCGAACUACCAACAAGAGCGGCUGUGCUCAGAGCUCAAGGUGAUGAUGAGCAAGCUAGGACUAGGAAUAGAAGGAUAUUUGGUUCCUUACUUGGAACCCUUCAGAAGUUUAAACAAGAAGAAAUAGUCUUGCAGACUAAAGAGGACAAAAAAGCUCAAGUUGAAAGAAAAAUUGAGGAACAAGCUCGAUUAGAAAAGGAAAGGGAGUUGAAGGAGCGUAGGGUAUUGUUUGCUGAGCGUGAACUGAAGAAAGCCACCAUUAAAGCUUUAGAGGCCAAAGUGGCACGUGUUCAAGAGUUUGAAAAAUGGGAACAAUCACAGCAUAAUCUUGGAAACUUUAUAUUGACUAAAGCUAAGCCUCAUGUCUACUGGCUGCCUAAUCUAAAUAAAAUGUCUGAGAAGGCUCAAGAAAAGUUAAAAUCAAGCCAGCGGUAUCAUGAAAAAUGCAUGUCCAAAAAGCGUCAAGAGCUGGAAGAAGAAUUGCAGAGAAUAGAACAGAGGUGCUUGCGACAAAAGGCACCAAGAGCCAAGGAAAACAAUCCUGAGGCCAACGAUCAUGCAUCUAACAUCAAUCCUGAAGAGGCUGAAAAUGGUAAUAAGAAGAGAGAUAAAUUUGCUAUGGAUGCUGAUGAGAAAGAAGACAGUGAUGGAGAGGAACAUCCAGAGGAAAAAGAAUUGGACCAGAAAACAGAUACAAUAAAAAAUAAAAUGCACGAAGAUACAGAACUGAAUGAAGCUAUAAUAGAACAUCAAGAUAAUGUUAAAGAUGUUGAAUUAGAAGUUACAACAGUAGAUAAUACUCAUGAAGACAUCAAUACCAAUGCAACUGAAACAUAUAAUGAUAAAUCCAAUGAAUAUAAUUUAGACCAUUCCUAG